UGAGGAGAAAACGAAACUUCCAAACCGCCGUGUAAACGCUGCUCGAUCCGGAUCAAGGGAAUCCGGAUUCUGGUUUGGAGCAGAAAAGAAAGAAAAGAAAGAAAGAAAAUAGCAGCUCCAUCCGGCUUUGUUCUCCGAGGGAAUGGAGGAGGACUUUCAGUUCCUGAAGUGCAAGAAAUGCAUGAAAGAAGCCAAGGACCCCAAGCUCCUGCCUUGUCUCCACACCUUUUGUGCCGAGUGCCUGGACGAGAGCAAGCCCAUCGGCCAGUGUCCAGCGUGCAAGAUCGACAUCCAGAGGCACGCUGGGGCCCCGAUUCAGGACAACCUGCUCUUUGCCCACCUGCAGGCCAAGCUGACCACCUUCCGGAAGAUUGCCGACAGCAAAGACUUGGUGUGCGAUCGGUGCCAGAGUGAAGCGGCGUUCUGGUGUCCCGAGUGCGAGGAGUUUCUUUGCCUGGUGUGCUACAACGCCCACCAGUGGUACCUGAAGCAGAAGAGCCACGAGGCCCAAAAGCUGAGCGAUUUGAAGAACGACACGGCUUUGAGUUUCCUGGAGGGGACGAGGAAGUCCAGCCGCUUCUUCUGCUCGGACCCUGCCCAUAGCGACCAGCUUGUCAGUCUCUAUUGCCGGGGUUGCUGCAAACCUUUCUGCUGCUCCUGUGCCAUUCUGGACAGCGAACACUACGGUGCCAAGAUGUACUGCGACAUCCGGGUGGAAAUCGAAAACAGGAAGGAAGACUUGGUCAGGAUGAAGGAGCUGCUGUCGGAGAAGAAGAAGAGCUACGAGGACACCUGCCACUCCAUCCAUGAAAGGCUGCAGGAGAUGGAGAAGGUCCGCAACGAAACCCGAGACCAGAUCCAAGCCCAGGUGAAGGAGAUGAUGGAUUGGAUCCAGAUGAAGGGGGACCAGCUUCUGGAGAAGGUGGACAGGAAGCUCCGCCAAGACCGCGAGGCCGUCGAGAAGAAGCUGCAGAGCGCGGAGAGCGUGGUCCAGAGGAUGGAGACCAGCGAGCAGUUGGUGGAGAAGAUGAACUCCUUCGCCUCGGACCAAGAAGUGAUGGACCUGCACCCCUUCAUCCGGGAGUCUUUGGAGGACCUCCGGAGGGUGGAAGCGCCAGCCGUUGGGUUCCGGGCCCAGACGGAAAACUUUGCAGACGUCAAAAGCGAACUCCAGGUUCUCUACAAGAGAGUCAAAGGAGAGGAGGAUGGAGUUCGUUUUGCAGAAUCUGCUGAUCUCCCCUCUGCUCCGGCGGUCAAUUCGGAGGAGAAAACGCCACUGCGGCCUCAGGGGAUGAAGAUGGUUACUCCCAUGUACACCAUCAGCCUCGCAAAGACGCUGCAUGGAUUUGUAAGUUCUCUGCGUGGAUUUGCCCCGUCCAUCACCUCCCCGUUGAAGCGCUCUCUGAACCAGACCGAGAAGUGCAUCCAGGCCUGCGCCAAGGCCCUGAAGAUGGAAGAUGGUGACGUUGAGCCCGGGGAGCCCUCCAGCCGGUACGUCCAAGAGGUCCUUCGGAGCACGCCGCCUCCUCCUCCCCAAAGCUCCACCCCAAAGAAAGAGCAGAAAGAAUUCGUCAAUUCCAUCGAGAUCGUGGAGAACUCUUCGCCCGGGGAUGCCGACGAAGAGCCCGCCAGCAUUAUGAUCAGCAGCUCUGAUGAAUCUGAAGACGGGUUUAUGUGAGUGUCUCCUUCUUCUCCACGAGAUCAUUCAUCUCUUGAGUUUGGUGUCAAGAAGAUCGAGGAAAUAAUCUCCAAGGCCGUGCUUGGACCCACUUCCAUGCCCCAAAUCUUCCAAGAAUCAUCUAGGUCUCAUCGUUGCUCCAGAUGCAGUUGCAACUUGAGAACAUACUACAAGUCGCUUCUGGUGUGAGAGAAUUGGCCGUCUACAGAGACGUUGCUCAGGGGACGCCUGGACAUGUUACCAUCCUGCUGGGAGGCUUCUCUCAUGUCCCUGCAAGCUAGAGCUGACAGACGGGAGCUCACCCCAUCUCGCGGAUUCAAACCGCCGACCUUCAGGUCAGCAACCCAACCUUCAGGUCAGCAGUUCAGCCGGCACAAGGCUCCACACUACCAGAUUACAGGAAGAAUAUAACUCUCCUUUUCCCCAAUUAGUAUCUGGGUUUUUCAAUUCGCCAAAAGUUUUCAAACUUCAACACAUAGCUCUGCAAUAUCAUUUUUUUAACAUUGCUUUUUAAAAUUGUGUUUCCUGUCUACAAAUCUCAAUGCAUAUUUUUUAAUUGCUACUUUUUAAAAAAAACAUCUGUAGGAAUGUCCAGGUCCUUCAGCAAGACACUACAGUCCACACCUCUUGGAAGCUGAGCAUUGGAUUGUUCAGGAAAAUUAAAACUGAAUAAUCAAAUCCAUUAAAAAAAAAUCAAACUCAAAUAUUGUCGUCGUUGGGUGCCUUUAAAAUAGAUCGAUAGUUAGAUAGAGAUGUUUAUUGAUUAGUCUGCUGAUUAUAUGAACAAGGAUGCCUUACAGAAGAAGUGGUUUCAAACGGAUUUUGAAACCAUCAGGGCCAGCUAACACCUCCCAACAAAGGAUUCCCCCCCAGGCUUUGAAGCAUCAAGGCUAUUCAAUCUGGCCAAUUGCAACAUUCACACUUGCCUCAAGCAAAUGAAAAUUCUUCCUCCCACCCUGGACAUUACAUAAACCCCACUUGCCUAGUUUCCAACAGACCUCACAACCUCGGAGGAUGCCUGCCAUAGGUGUGGGCGAAACGUCAGGAGAGAAUGCUUCUGGAACAUGCACAGCCCGGAAAACUCACUACAAGAAGUAUUUGAUUCGGUUGUUUAAUUUCACCUGUGCAUAUUUUGAAUAAAAAGUUUGCUGGAAUACAUUUGACCGCUCUUAUAUAUUUUUUUUGCAUUGGUGUAUCUUGGGAGUUGUGGUUUUACAAGGUCUUUAUCCCUCUCUAGUCCAAGCUACCAGACUGCAGAUCCCACGAUCUCCUACGAUUAAACCAUGUUAGCUACAGUGGCAUCAAACUGCAUUAAUUCAACAGCGUAGAUGCAUUAUUUCCUUGGAGAAAUAAUUCCCGAUUCCCGUCUCUGAAUCCUAUUGCUGGGAAACUUUGGCCGUGGUAAAUUUCAAUGCAAAAAUGGUUCUCUUAGUGGAGAGACAGUAGAUGUCACUGUUGUACGAAAAAUCGUGCUGUAACGUUGUGCGAAGUUGUCCAAAGGCAUGGAAAUCACCUUCCCCUGAUUCUCCGCUAUUCGCUGGUGUUGACAUUGGGGGCCAAGAAUGAGGAAAUAAACAAAGGCCCCAUCUACGCUGCCAUAUAAUCCAGUUUGAAACUGCAUUGUAUGGACAUUGUAUGGAGCAAACUUUGGCCCUCCAUGUAUUUAAGGUAAAGGUUUUCUCCUGACGUUAAGUCUAAUUGUGUCCGACUCUGGGAGUUGGUGCUCAUCUCCAUUUCUAAGCCGAAGAGCCGGCAUUGUCCGUAGACACCUCCAAGGUCAUGACUGCAUGGAGCGCCGUUACCUUCCCACCAGAGCAGUACCUAUUGAUCUACUCACAUUUGCAUGUUUUCGAACUGCUAGGUUGGCAGAAGCUGGGGCUAAUAGUGGGCACUCACUCUGCUCUUCGGAUUCGAAUCUGUGAGCCUGACUCGGCCACAGCGGUCCACGCCUUAGUUACAUCUAGACUGGACUAAUGCCAUGCGCUCUAGCUGCCUUUGAAAAUGGCCCGGAAGCAGCGACUGGUACAAAGUUCGUCAGCCAGGUUGCUAACUGGAUCUAAUUAUAGGAAGCGGAUGACGCCCCUAUUGAAUCGGCUCCACUGGCUGCCGAUAAAGUUUCCAGUCCCAAUUCAAAGUGCAGGUGAGGUUUGUUUUUGAAACAUGUUAAUCAUGUGUUGUCAAAAGCUUUCAGGGCCGGAAUCACCUAAAAUGGGUUGUUGUGAGUUUUCUGGGCUGUAUGGCCAUGUUUCAGAAGCAUUCUCUCCUGACGUUUCGCCCACAUCGAUGGCAGGCAUCCUCAGAAGUUGUAACAUAUGGAUGCCUGCCAUCAAUGUGGGCGAAACGUCAGGAGAGAAUGCUUCUGGAACGUGGCCAUAUAGCCCGGAAAACUCACAACAACCCAUUUUAAGUGACGUUUUAGACCCUGCUGUUUUUAAUUGAUUAGAUUGUGAAAUGUUAUUUCAGCAAUUAUUACUGCUCAGGUUGUAAAUUGAUGUUGUGUUAACGUUGUUUUAUGUGGCUAUAACGUUUUAAUUUUAUCAAUCUACGCUUUAAUCCAUGUUGAUUGGGCUUGUCCCCAUGUGAGCCACCCCGAGUCCCUUCAGGGAGAUGGAGGCGGGAUACAAAAAUAAAGUUGUUGUUGUUAUUAUUAUUAUUA